AGGGAGGGGGCGGUGUUAGACAAUACCAUUCCUCAAAUAUAUUCCAUCCCCUCCGUCCCUGAAGUGAGCCUUUAUUAGUCGGGAUCGUUUGGAUCUUAUCUCGCAUAUGACACUCGGCGGAAGAAAGACUGGAGGAGAAAAAGGGAGAGAGGCGGAUUAUCCGUGAACUGCCUUCCGAUCCGCUGAUUCCUCACACGGGCAGAGCCUCGCUUAUCUCGCCCCCCUUUUAUCCCCUAUCUUCCACACAGGCGGAUGGACGAGUAGCCCCUCUCUCUCUCUCUCUCUCUGUCUGCACUUUCUCCACUAUCUGCCCAUCUCCUCUAUUGUCUCUCCAUCUCCGGGAUCACACGGAGGGCUGACUGAUCCCUGCUCCCAUCACUCUUAUCUUCUUCUUCUUCUUCUUCUUCUUCCUCCUCUGUUGUUUUUUUAAUCGACUGAUCAUCUUUAAGACUUCGGGACUGUUUUUGAUCUGCAGAAACAUUUCCUCGCAUUGACGGUGUUGACCCCCCCACCCUCCUGCGUGAUUCUCCAUGUUGCAAGUUCGCGGCUGAAAAAGUAGAAAUAAAAAAAAAAUAGUUUUAUUUUUUUUUUAUUUUUAACUUUUCUUUUUUUUUUGGUUUCCGGGAGGCUGCAGGUUCAAUCUGUGUGACAUCUGAUGGUCGGUUCGUCCGGUGGAAUAUGAGUUAAUUUGGACUUGAAGCUCCGCUCAAGAGCGUUUUUUUUUUAAGUUCGUUUCCCAGAAGAUAUUUCGCCUCCCAACUCUUUGUCAAGGUUCUUAAGGAGGAGUGACUGCCAACACCCGAGAAUAAAAAUGAUGCUGAGCCCGGACCAGGCUGAGGCGGACCUCUCCUGGACUCAGUCCGACCCGGAGACGAUGCUCAACGGCCUCAAGUCGGCCGGCUGCACCUCGGACGAGCCCACGGAGGGCGAGGAGAGGGCCAAGUGCAAAUCCGACCAGCCCCUGAGCAGGGAGGAGAAGAGGAGGAGGAGGAGGGCCACGGCCAAGUACCGCUCGGCCCACGCCACCAGAGAGCGGAUCCGGGUGGAGGCGUUUAACGUGGCCUUCGCGGAGCUGAGGAAAUUACUCCCCACCUUGCCCCCGGACAAGAAACUCUCCAAGAUCGAGAUCCUCAGACUGGCUAUAUGCUACAUCUCCUAUCUCAAUCACGUGUUGGAUGUCUAAGAGUGACCCCCCCUGUGAGACAGAGAUGGCUGGGUUGGUAGACUGGACUCAAGCGCACGCUGGGUGUCAACUGGGUAUGGCAAGGUUGGGCAGAUAGGGUCGACUGAUGGCGGGGAUGUUUUAAUACCUGGUGUUUUUAUAGCCUCCUGUAGCUGGUAUCAUGUGCAAACAUUCACAACCUUUAAAUUAGUCAGUUUGGGUGUGAUGAAAAAAAAUGAAAAGAGUCCUGAAUUUUAAUCUUGACAGCCUUUUAAAAACUCUCUCAUGAGAUUAAAAACAACCCGAAUGAAUGUUUUGUUAAUUAGAACAAAUAUAUGUCAUCCCAGAUCAGUUUUUUCUAUGAAGCUAUAGUAUUCAGUGAGGAAACUCUCUAACUGGAUCAUAUAAAAUGACAAUAUCGGCUCAUACAGACGGAUCGGUCUAACACCUGUGACAGCAGCUCCCAUCCUGCUUCGACUUCAGGGACUCCAAUUAAAUCUUUGAGGUUUUAAUUACUAACAAGCUUCAAAUCGCUUUAAAAAAAACAACACACACAAAAAAACCACCAAUUCAGCCUUCAGAGCCAAAAUCUAUUAAACAACUUCCCCACUAGAUGAACCCAUCUCGUCCCCGGAUGCUGGGACUUUGCCAUACCUCUCUAGCUGACUGAGUUGCCCCCCCCCCCUCCUCAGUGUGAGUCCAGUGUUGGUUUUUAGGGUGUAAAGUUGUCUCAAACUGAGUCCAGACCGCCCACUGAACAAAAGCAACAAACGCCGAGGCGUUUAGCUGAUAGAUGCAAUAAUGAGAAUAAUGAUUAUUUUCCGAUGUACAGUGGGGGGGAGGACGGGGCUGUCAGAGUCUCUCCCCCCCCCCAUUAACACCCACCAUCCAUCCACCACCACAAAAAGUGAUGUAGUGGAGAAAAUGUGGGUGGAGGAGGAGGAGUGGGUGCUAUAAUGAAUAUCAAGAAUUUGGUUUUCAGAUAAACUUUUGAUUUGAUCUCCACAUUAAACCCUCACACAAAUAACCCUGCCUAUAAAGCCCCCCCCCCCCUCCAAAGUCCUCCGCUCACUGUAUCAAUUUGAGGUCCAAUGAAACAAACACUGGGUCGGAGGGGGGGCAGAGCGAAAUGAAAGGAUGUAAACGAGAUAGCUGCUUUAGAUCUAGUUUUAGAUGAUUUUCCGUAAAGGAAGGCGAAAAAAAAAAAAAGAUUCAAUGCGUAAGUGCCACUUAUGACAUAUAAAAUUGUGACCUUAAUCAUUUUUUUUUUUUUUUAAAGUGUAUGGAAUUAUUUAUUUAAUUGUGUUAAUAUUUAAGGCUAAUUUAUUUAUGUUGAUAUCAUAGGCUGGCGUCUUUUUGUAUAAAUGUAUAUUGUUUGUUGCUUCUAUAUUUUAGGCUGUGAAAUUGAACUUGGAAAGUGAUUGUGUUCUACUCUUAAAAAUGGCACUUUCUGUUAAUCCAUAGCAUAAUUUAUUCGUUUGAUGUAUGUUUGAUGUAUGUCAUCUUAUUUUUUUUGUUUUUGUUUUUUAAUGUCACGUCUAUUGUCUAUCAAUAGCAACGAUAAGCACUUCAAGAUGGAGCUCAAUGGCCCCAUAAAUGUUUAUUUCCCUACAUUGUUGUGUUCAGAGGUUGCUCGAAGAAUACGAAUUGGGCUGCUUAGAAAAAAAAAAAAAAUGUAAUUCAAUUUCAAGAAUUUGUUUCAGUGACAGAAUAAUGUAAUCAUGUGAAUGAUUAUGUCAAACAGUUUCUACCACCAAGGGGUUAUCAUACGAUUCAGAGGCAAACCUCUUUUUUGCUGUUACCAAAAAAAAAAAAAUACUAAUAAUUUCGAAAAACAUAGUCUGAAUUUAUUAUCUUCAAUGUUUGGAUGUUUUUAUUUUGAUGGAUUGGUUUAUUUAUUUGUCUCUGCUUUGUAUUAAGAAAUUCAAUACGUAAUUUUAUAGUGAAGAAAAAAAAAACAUAUCCUCUAUCCAAAGAUUUUUUGUCUCUUCAGGGUUGUGUAGGCUACUUGUUGCUUUAUGCAGAUCUUUUGUAGUAGAGGUAUUGUGUGACAGCUGGUUUCUAAUGGACAAACUUUUCAUAUUUUCCGGUGUUAUUUUUAAUUAAAACGGAAAUACUUGAAAAAAAAA